AUGGUUGAGAGCAUGGACACGCUUGCGGCGCCGAACGCCUACGCCCGCGCCUCGGAAACAGCAGCCUACGUACGUUCGAAGCUCCCGGAAGCACUUCAGAAGCCGAAAGUAGCUAUUGUAUGCGGUUCUGGACUUGGAGGUCUCGUCGAAACCAUCGAAGCAGAGCCUAAGGUCGAGCUCGCAUACUCCACCAUACCGAAUUUCCCUCAGAGCACAGUCCAAGGCCAUGCCGGCAAUUUCGUGUUCGGCUUGAUAGGCCCGCAGAAAACUCCUGUAGCACUGUUGGUCGGACGAGCACACUUCUACGAAGGUCACACGAUGGAUCUUGUCACGUUCGCUACGCGUGUGUGCAAGCUUCUUGGAAUCGAAACGAUGAUAGUCACAAAUGCAGCAGGAGGUUUAAACGAGAAUUACGAGGUCGGAGACAUCGUCUGUUUAAAUGAUCAUUUGAACCUUGCUGGGCUGGUGGGUAUCCAUCCUUUACGGGGGCCCAAUAUCGAUGAGUUCGGUGUCCGAUUCCCACCACUGAGCGAUGCGUACGACCUAGAUUUGCGGCGGCGUACGCACAAAGCAUGGAAGAAACUCGGGCUUGAUCAACAGAAGAGGAGGCUCCACGAAGGUAUUUACGCGUUCGUUGGAGGACCGAGCUACGAAACCAGAGCGGAGUGCAGGAUGCUGCGGAUUCUAGGCGCCGAUGUCGUCGGUAUGUCAACCGUACCAGAGAUCAUCGUCGCAAGACAUGCAGCUAUCCGGGUACUGGCCUUCAGUUUGGUGACAAACAAGGCCGUACUGGAUGCAGGAUCGCGUGGGAACGACGAUACGAUCCAAGCGAUGAGCAAAACAGAGCUUGAUGAGCAUCUGAACAAGGGGAAGGCGAACCACCAGGAGGUCCUCGAGGCCGGCCGGGAGGCGGCGAAAGAUAUGCAGGGUCUGGUGAAGCAGAUACUAUCAGAUCUGCACGAGGACUGA